AUGAAGGCAAUCUUCUCUACCUUCGGCAGGCGUGCCAACGUCGACAGACGAGACGAAGCUCCCAUGACCCACUUCAGGUCGUCGUUCGACUCACCAUCUACGAGAAUUGCUCCCACCACUCAGCCCUCCUUUUCGUCUUUAGACGCUGCUGGUAGAGGCAUAGGAGAUGUGCCGACAAUUACAUUCGAUCCCUCCUCCAAGACCGCUCCCGCAAAUGGCGCUUGGACAACGAAAUGGUCAGCCUCGCUGCGGAGUCCAGAUGCGCGGCAUAAGGGCUCGCACCACAGCGUCACAGAAGUGUUGCCGGCCUCAGCAACGGGAUCGAGCACCACAACACCGACCAUGCGCUCGCCACAUCCUCCAUCUAGCUACAGAGAGCCGAUGCAGCCAUCGACAUCCUCCGGUGGCAAGACUCGCAGUCUCGUCAGAAAGUUUUCCACCACCAGCAGGAGAGAUUCUUCAACGUCGAAUGAUGCCUCAGAUGCACUGUCGCACUUAUCCACUUCGCGUCUCAGGCAGCCUCCUGCGGCUCCUGACCUCUCGUCGGCGUCGAUCGACGACAAAGUGAUGAGGUCUCCUCCCGCGCCAAUCAAGGCCGAUCUCUCUGCAACGUCAUCGGCAAAGCUGGCUUCCAGGCUCAACGAGCUAGCUGUAGCCAAUGCCGACGGCCUUCUUUCUGAUGAUCAAUACCGCACUCUUCGUCAAGCUGUAUUCGACUGCAUGCUGCACACCGAAAAACAUUCUAUGGCACCACCUUCACCCAACAGUCUGCCAGGCCCCGGCAUGCCGCGACAUGUUCGAGACCUGGACUCUGCGAACGCCUACAGCGUAACUCCCAGCGCGCUUCCAUCUUCACCGAACACAUUGCUCGCCCCAGCAAUGGGCCGUUCGCGAUCAACGCUAAGUCACGGCGAACAUCGGCCUUCUUCGAUCCGCAGUGGUCAGAGUACCAAGUCGUCUGGCUUUCAGAAUGUCGCUGACAUGUUUAAGAAAGGUGCCAGGCGCUCCAAAGACAUCUACUCGCAGACAAGUCAAGAUUCGCAAUCCAGUCAGGAGCACAUCCAGCGCGACAUCAAUCAUCCAGUUCGUCCAAUACGUCGUGACUCGGAGGGCGUCUCCUCUCAACUUUCCAGCGGCGAUGGUCAUUCUCAACGUGCUCCAUCUUUUCGCACACAAUGGUCUUCCGCUGCCAAAUCCUCUCGCGCAUCGACGUUCGGACGCCUCAGAGCUGGUAGCCAAGCAAGGCGCGUCGAAGCUGAAUUUGCAGCUCGUGAGAUGGAGGAAGCCUUUUCAGCCGAAAGGACCGCUCGCUCGCUUAAGGCCAUGUCCAUCCAUGAUGCUGGUAGCACGUAUGGCAUCACGUACGAUCGGUCGCCGACUUCGCUGCGUGCCGAGAUGGCUCCCUCGAGUAUGUACGGGGCAGAGUAUGGGGACAAGUCCUCUGCAGAGAUCCAGGCUGAGAUGGGCGUCGUGCAGGCCGAAGGUGAUCGGAUGCUGGGUACCUUUUCAACGCUCGAGGAGACGUUGCUGGCGAAACACGCUGUGCUGGAACCAGCCGUCAUGAAAAGAGCGGUCGAAAGAGUUCGAGAGUCGCACCCACUAGCUUCCGUCACUCGGUUGGAAGACACAGACGCAAGUCCUCGCGGCCAGAGGCCACCACCUCCUUCCUCCUACCGUACGCCUCGCCAUACUAAUGGCGGAUCGGAUGGCGAUGUCGUGACGGCUCAAAAUGUUGCAACCUUGGAAGCAGAGCUCACGCACAUCUACACACAAAAAAGUGCGGUAGUGAGACGGUACCAGGAUCGCCUGGCAUUCCUGCAAAGCAAACUUCGAUCUGCCGCCAUCCGCGAGGGUCUCAAAUAG